AUGGAGAAACGGGAGAUUCGACCGCCGGUCACGCGGGUCGGCAUGGGUGACAUUGAUAAGGCAUUUCGCACGAUGCAGACCGGGCAACACGCGGGGAAGCUUGUGGUGGAGGUGAAAGAAGAGGUGAAGGUGAAGGUGAAGCUGCAGCGGGCGGUGGGACCGGUGGUGAUGCUAUCACGUGAGGAUACUUAUCUAAUUCUAGGCGGUGUAUGGGGCAUCUGGCAGUAUCUCGCCCAGCGACUAAUGGUGGAAGGCGGUGUCCGCCACCUCCUCCUCCUCUCUCGAUCGGCUGCUUCUGCUUCUACUCCUACUACCUCCACCACAACAGGAACUCCUCCACGGCUUGCACGUCUACGACAGACCACUGGGGCCACAAGUUCGGUUCUACAGCAACAUGCCUUCCACUUACCGCCCAUUCGUGGCGUCAUUCAACCCGCCAUGGUGCUGAUGGAUGGAAACUUCGAGACCAUGACCCGUGAAAGACUACCUCGCCGCCAUUAA